GUGUUCUGUUCUAAUGAUUGAAAACGGUCGUACCUAUAUUCGUUAAUCUUUAUGGAAUAUUCCUAGCGGUUUGGGGGGCUAGAUAAGAGUUUUGGCUAAGGAAGCCAGUUAUGAAGGACAAAACAGCACAGUAACACUCAACAUGGCUGAUAAAGGUGGUUACACUCUACGAAAACAGACCUUCAUAAAAACUGCACAGUACCUCAAAUGCAAGUCGGUGUUUGAAGAACAUCGCCUUAUUUUGAUCACAGGAGAUGCUGGAUCUGGUAAAACCGCUAUUGCUCAAAGACUUUUGAAAGAUCGAAAAGGGCGAAUUUCGGCUAAUUGUUUCGAAAUUCGGCACCCAGAAGAACUCCGAACUGUGGGUCAUGGAACGACAAUUCUAUUCGAUGAUAUAUUCGGUCGGUAUGAUGAAGACGUGUCAAUGACCAUAGCGUGGUAUUCAAGGACGAAAAAAUUCGAAGAGUCGAGUAAAAGAGUUUUCUUUAUUCUGACCUCAAGGGAAGAUAUAUAUUCUCGAUGUAGAGAUCGGACAGGGUUGCAAUUUCUAGAGAAAUUUGUUAUUCGUUUAUCGUCCAUCAAACUUACAGAGGAAGAUCGAGAAAACGUAAUAGCAGGAUUUGAUUAUCCAUUUGGUGCAAAUACAAGUAACUAUGAGCUGUUUCAAGCCUGUGAUAUUUGGAGUAGGUUAAAACAACAAACUUUCCUGGACGUGACUUCUGAUGUUUCUGAAACAUCGUUACAGACCUUUUUUCAGGAUAUGUUCAAAAGAAGAAAGGACCUGUCCUUCGCCAUUAUAAUGACUCUGAUAUUUGGCAACAAGUUAACAGAGGAUAACUGGAAAUCUUCAAAACUGUACGAAGUAGCUAAAAAGAUUGGAUACGACACCAAUGAAAAAAAAUUCAAAAUGUCAUUGGAAACCUUAUCAAAGUCGUUGUUGGAAAAGGAUGAAAAUUCUUACUCUAUAUCCAGUACUAUCGUACUCAAUGAAGCAUGCAACUGUUCACUGAAACACUAUCCUGAGGCUUUCAUAGAUUAUUGCGAUUUGAUAUUUUUAGACAAGCUUUCAAAACAUUUUGAUAACACUGAUCAUGUUAACAUUGAAAGGCUUUGCGGGAGGUUGAGUUUGGAAUUGAACACCAUAGUAAACCUAAAACUGUUCAAUUUACUGAAAAAUGACCGUACUCUUCAAAUGUUUUUGGAAAAUCUAUCGGGCUGUAAAGAACAAUUAGAUAUGCUUUUAAACUCUGAUUUCUUCUGGUUUUCUUGCUGGUCAAAUAGCUUCUUAGUAGUGGAAAAACUUUUGCAGAGAAUGAAGGGUAGAAAACAUAUUGUUGAGACUGCAGUCGGUUGUAGUUCAUUAGAGAUGAUGCAAAGGUUGUUAAAAAGGCAUCUAAUGCAAGAUUCGUCAGAAGCAACAAAUAUUCCAGAAUCGCCCAGUAUAUAUGAAGAGAUGGAUAAUCCAUUGUCACAUUUUACGACUUUUGAAGCUCUGAAGUGUCAACUCGAGGAUUUUCCAAGACUCCGAUAUCACGGCAAGCUGCUAAGGGGUCUUGGAGACAGAUUUGUUACUCUACAAGCUGAAGAGCCUGGGCUGAAUAGCGUGAACUUUGUUCACUGGGAUAAGGUGAAAAAGAACCCCAUCAUUUACCUGGCUGGAGAAACAAGGGGUCAUUGGGAAAACUUGCCAUUUCUUUCUGUUGAUAGACAAAAAGAAACAUUAAAAACUAAAGAUGUACAUAAAUCACAUCCUAAGUUGAAAUUCUCCGACUUCGAAGGCUGGUCUUUAUCGUGUAUCGUAUACCGUUGCUUUGAAGGAAAAUCAAAACAGGAAAACAUUUCUUUGAUUAAAAAGCUGUCUGUGGAUAUAGCCAAUUCUGAGUUGACUGGAAUGGGUUCAUGUGUGAUGGUUGUUUUGAAUUGUGGAAUACCCUUUACUUUGUUGGAUGAGAAUUUUCAGGAUACUGAUGUGCCUAAAAGUAAUGUUCAAAUCGUUAUUUCCAAUGGUGAGAGGGAAGACUUACUGGAGCUUUUAACGUCAGCGUUCGAAGUCCCGAUGAACGAAUAUAUCACUCUGUUACAGUCAAACUUAUGUAUAGAGAGUAUGUCGUCUGCCAAAAGGAUUAGGUCCCUAAAGACAGAGUCCGAUGCCCUUCUAAAGAGACUUCGGAUGUCUUCAAAGCUACCACAAGAACCGGUGACUGCUUCCCCGUCCAUGACCGUCCCCAAUGAAGUACUUAAAGAACUAGACAAGAAUGCUGACCAUAUCUACGGUUAUGGAUUUCGACCUGAUGAAUUUUACGUCUUGGUGAAUGACCGUCUGUCAUCGAAAAAAAGGAAGUCUCUUGAAGGCAAGAUUCAAAAAACCAUACAAAACGAAAACUUUUCCUGGAAAGUCAAAUUUGUAAACUCUAAUGGUGUCCAUUAUACCAAACACUUUGGAACAGGUAGUCCUGUAGUGCCUGAUAAAAAAAAUCCAGGCAAGUACGGAACUCUUGGGGGUUUUGCACAAGUAAACCGCAAGGACGUGGUAGGACUAACGAAUUUCCAUGUGGUUGACAAAGGAAUCGAAGCAUACGUGAAAGACGGUGACAGUUUGAUAAAGUUAGGAAAGUGCCAGUUUGUUCUAGUUCCUGGUUCGAAGUCUUUAGCAGAUUUUGCCCUCAUUCAGGUCAAUAAUGGACUGACAGAACAGUGUAGAAAACCCCUUGUUGAUGAUGAGGACCAACCCAAGAGUGCUACGAUAUACUUAGGAAAGCCAAACCUGAUUAUUCCCGCCAUUGUCCAUAAAAAGGGAGCUUCAACAGGCAUAACACAAGGAACUGUAGUAGAAAUGAUGACCUACAGAGAAGUUCUGGGUGAUCGAGAAACCCAUAGUGCUUUUCUAGUGGAAGACCUUGAACAACCUUUCAGUGUCCCUGGGGAUAGUGGAUCACUCGUAUUUCAGAAUAGCUUUAGUGCAAGUCAGGAGAGUAUAGAGGUAGUGGCUAUCUUGAAUGGAAGAUACACUGAGCAGGGUGAAACAGAAGAAUCCAAGUUUGUUUUGUGUUCUGAUAUGAAAUACAUUUACGAUGAACUGAAAAGUAAAGGUAAACGCUUGCAGUUCUUCAAAAAAGAAGAAGAGUCACCAUAAAAGUAACUCAUGUACAGAAGAGGACUAGUCUUUCAACAACAACAAAAGAAACUUCCCAGUUGUCAAUAAAAAAAAUGUUUUGUUUUUUAUAUUUUUAAAGAAAAUUGAUGUAUAUUGACGAGAUUUGUGAUAGAAAACGAUGUGCAAUUGUUUUUAUUUGUUAUUCAAAGUUUAAAAUAUAAUUAAAAAGACGUAAAUUCAAAUGAAUGUUUUUCUAAUGUUGUCCAUAUAAAUAAGAGGUAAUUCGUAUUUAUAUCAAAGUAUGUGAAACAUUUGACAAAGUGCUCAUGAAAAAGAAACAUCCCGCUAAACGCGAAUUGAAAUUCCAACUUUAUUAUGUGCAUUGGAUAGUACUUGUUGAAUACUGGGUAAAAUGAAACACUGGAACAUAUCCAUUGUCAUUUUUGAUAAGAUACAUGGAAAAUGAUGUUUUGACAGCCCAUGAUAAUAAAGUAGUCGAUUGUUAUAUAAAUAAACCCAGAACAUUUAACAUUCAUGUAUAAAAUGCGUACAAUAUAUAUUGAAUUCAUGUGAAAUGUCUAAUACUUGUAUAUGAGAAAAUAUGUAGUUUGAACUGGGUAGAUCAAUGAUAAACAUAACACCACAACAUCGAGUUGAAUAAGAAUAAAGAAGUCCAUAAACCACCUCAGUGUAUUACCGAUUAGUACAGAGUUACCAACGCUACUUAU